UAGUGAAAUAUUUGAAAACCUUUCUAUUAAGGCUUUGAAAUGGUUUGCCCAAAUUACAUAUGAUCAAUUAUGAAAUCUCUAAUUCAUAUUUGAAGAUUCUAUCAACCUUCAAAGAUUCUCCGUUCUCUGUAGAUUCUGCAUUAUUGUUAAAUUAUGUUCAGUCAUUGAGUGUUUACGUAGAGGAGCGGUUAUGGAUUUGACUGAAGGAAUCGGAGAGAGCUUAUCACCGACUCGGAGUUUUGUUAGUCUAAGUGGAUAUGAUAUCAAAACUGAUGUUUACAAUCGUUUAUUGGAUAUUGGAAAUGAUGAAGCAUUGUCUGAUCCCUAUUUUCUGGACCAGUUGAAUGCUCACUUUGAUCGCUUGCCAUCUAGUUAUGUGCUGGAUAUAAACAUGGAUAGGAUAGAGGAUGUAGUGUUGCAUAUAAAGCUUCUUGCAAAGGCUAAGGAUUAUCCUGAAAAGAGACCUGUUUUUCAUGUCCGUUUCCUUGAGAAUCUUCGAAGCAGAGGAGAUGAUGCUACAGUGCAACAUGUUACUAGUGUUCCUUCUACUUCCAGAAGAAACAAAGUAUCAGAAGGUGAAUCUGAAGCCUGCUCUAAGUUUGAAGAUCUGAAUUUGGAUGCAAGGAAGAUUUCCAUUCAGGGUGGUGGAAAACAUGACUGGAAAAACUUCUCAGUGAGGCAAGAUUCACUUCUUCAAAUGCAUGAAGUAAUUUUCUCUACAUCUGACAAGCCCAAGCUGCUUAGCCAGCUUUCUGCCUUACUUUCUGACAUAGGACUUAACAUUCGCGAAGCACAUGUAUUCUCAACAAAUGAUGGUUACUCAUUGGAUGUAUUUGUUGUGGAUGGCUGGCCUGAGGAUGUGGAGGGUUUAUACCAAGCAAUGGAAAAGGCAGUCAAUAGAUGUGAGGGAUCAUGGUCAGGGUCUUCACACAGUCAAUCAGCAGCGGAGAAGGUUCUGGCUGCACAAACAAAAGUUGGAGAUCGGGAAAUUGAUAAACGAUUGUUGAAGAUGGGAGAGAAAAUUGCAUCUGGAUCUUGUGGAGAUUUGAUUCGUGGAGUUUACCUUGGCCAGGAUGUUGCUGUGAAGAUUCUGAGAUCAGAACAUCCUAAUGAUUCAUUGGAGGAUGAAUUUUCCCAAGAAGUAGCCAUUCUUAGGAAGGUCCAGCACAAAAAUGUUGUCCGUUUCAUCGGUGCUUGCACACAGCCUCCUAAUCAUUGCAUAAUAACUGAAUACAUGCCCGGAGGGAACCUUUAUGAAUAUUUGCACAAGAAUCACGUUAUCUUGAAGCUUCCUCAGUUGGUAAAGUUUGCAAUAGAUGUAUGCAGAGGAAUGGAGUACUUGCAUCAAAAUAACAUCAUUCAUAGAGAUCUUAAGACUGCAAACCUGCUCAUGGAUUAUAACAGAGUUGUUAAGGUUGCAGAUUUUGGUGUUGCUCGGUUCCAAAACCAAAGUGGGAUCAUGACAGGAGAGACUGGAACAUACAGAUGGAUGGCUCCUGAGGUUAUAAAUCAUCAACCAUAUGACCAGAAAGCAGAUGUCUUUAGUUUUGCCAUCGUUUUAUGGGAACUUGUUACUUCCAAGGUUCCAUAUGAUUCUAUGUCUCCCUUACUAGCUGCCCUAGGUGUGAGACAGGGACUCCGACCCGAAAUUCCAGCCAAUACACACCCAAUGUUAGUGCAGUUAAUGACCAAAUGUUGGGAGGCUGAUUCAGGGCUGCGGCCAUCCUUCUCAGAAAUAAGAACUGAGCUGGAAGCAUUCAUUGAGCAGGUAUAGUACAAGCUGUUUCCUUAUUCCUCCAUCCCUACUUUUCGAUCUCCUAGAUUCUCUUUAUUGGUUUUUUUUUUAACUCAAGGUAAAUUCAGAAGCACCAAAUGGUAGAUGUUCAUAAAAUCCCAGAAUGGUACAGUUAUAUUUUGAGCCAAAAAAAGGUAAUUGUGUUAUAUUCUUCAUAGUCAUAUAAUAGAGAUCGGUUUAUAAGUGAGAGAUGAGUUGAGCGGAAAAGCCAUUUACAUAUAUAUACACGUCUGUGAACACAACCAGGAACAAACUCUUUUUUUUUUUUUUUUUUCUGAUUGUUAUGCUUGUGGUGUUGGAGUUCCCUAUAGUAUGAUAUCAGUUUUGUAAAUUUGUAACUUUUGGAGUGC